AUGAAGUUGAAGUUUAAAGCUAUCUCAAAUCAGUCAUCAGGUUAUGCCACUCCGAUUUCAAUGCCUAGUCCUCAUUCGGAUAUGCCAACCAGUGCAAGAUCCUCUGUCUUUCCGAAUAUCUCCCUCCAGAGUGACCAGUCGCAAUCGCCUGCGACUCCCCGAAGUUCACGGUCUAUCUCGGCUUCUAAUCGCUCUAAAUCACCCGAACAAUCACGCGUUUCUGAUUCCUCUGAAUCCCCUGAACAUUCAGCAGCCGAUAUCAAGGUUCGAAGAUGGACCUCUGCCGAAUAUCGGACUUUGAUGGCAGCUUGUUCACAGGGAAUGGAAAUGCCUACUAUUCAAGAAACCCACUUUCCACACUUGACAAUUUCAUCUUGUUGGACACAUUUUGAGGAUCCGAAGUUUCGCGAACUUUUCUCGGAUGAACAAUGGGAAGAUAUGAGGUCUCGUAUAGAUUCGCUACCAUGGGCCUGGGCGGACGAUCAGAUCUUGAUGAUAAUGUUUAGCAAAAAUAAUAUGGGUUUGUAUUGUAUUCGAGAUGUCUACUUUCCACAACGAUCCAUUGAUGCCGUGCGGAAUCGUUUUAUACAUCUUGACUCGAUGGACAAUGUGAAUCCCGGUACAGGUACCACCGGUAGAGUGUUACUCCCGUGGAGCUGCGCUGAUGAUCAGAUCUUGAUGGCAAUGCGCUAUAAACAUGGAAUGGAAUGGGCUACUAUUCGACACAACUACUUUCCCCACCGAUCAAUCGAUGCCCUUCGGACUUGUUUGGUACAUCUAGACUUGGACUCGAUGGGAAAUGCUGCGAAAUAG